AUGGGCGAAUCAUUCACUACCCUGCCCGUGGAACACCAUGUUCGUCCGCGACGAAGCGCCAAGGGCAAGGAGCGUGCUCGCGACCCGCUCGCUGAGCUCUCCAACCCCUCCAAGGCUGGGCCCUCAAAGCCAAAGCCCAAAAAGCAGCACCAGCCUCAAGUGACCGGUUGGGACUGUGUCCCCGUCGCACGCAGCGAGGUCUCUGCGAUCCCCCCAGUGUGGUCCAAGGAUGGCAGGUUCUACUUCACCGCCGCCAACACGUCCGUGUUCGUGCACUCUUCGACCACGGCAAACUUUGCGCGCCUCUCGACCCUGUCCUCGACCGACCCUCACGGCCACCGCAAGCCCAUUACCGCUCUCCUUCUCCACCCAACCAACCCGCUGCAGCUCGUGACCGCGUCCGAGGACGGCACUGUGAAAAUUUGGGACUGGGUUGAGGGUCGUCACGUUCGCACCGUCCUGCUCGCCGACGACGGCCGCGUGAAUCAGAUUUGCGUCGGCCAGGUGGCUGACAAGUGGUGGAUCUUCGCGACCGUCACCAACCCCAAGCCUGGCAAGAAGGUCCGCGAUGACAACGGUCACCUCCAGCACCGUCUUAUGCGUGUGCCGCUCCUCCCCCAGGUCGUGCCCGCUGGCGAAAAGCAUAUUCCCUACCAGUACCUCGUGGGCAAGCUCCGCUCUCAGCCGGCCGCGAUCAUGAUGUCGCCCCGCUCAAACUAUGUCGUCGCCCUCGCCGGUGCCAAGGCAUACGUCUAUCGCCUGCCAGCCACCGUUGCCGAUGACAAGUGGAAGCUGAAUUGCGUCAAGUUUGUUUCCGACGAGACCUUCACCUGUGGUGCGUUUGCGCCCGACCGCAAGUCGCGCACCGGCUCGGUCCAGGAGGAGUGGUUUGCUACCGGUGACGAGCGCGGUGUCAUUCGUCUGUGGCACGGCCUCGGUGCCGCCUUCCGCCAACUCGAUGCUGCGGCCAUUGAGGCUCAGCAGGCCGAGCUUGCCGAAAAGCCUCUGUACGCCGACACGGAGAAGCGUCUGCCAACAACCUCGCUCCACUGGCACGCACAUGCCGUUGCUGCCAUUGCGUUCACUUCGGCCGGCGCGCAGAUUCUCUCCGUCGGUGAGGAGAGUGUGCUUGUCCAGUGGCACCUUGCUUCCGGCAAGAGGGAGUACAUCCCUCGUCUCGGCGGCAGGCCGAUUCUCAGCGUCGCUGUCCGCCCCGGCAGCCGUGGUGUCGAGGAGGAGUAUUGGAUGGGCUUUGCCGAUGGUGCUCUCAUGCGCGUUGGUGCCUCGACCGGUCACGUCUCGGCCGUCGGCCAGGGUGUCCGCCUCGACCCAUUGCGUCCCACCUCGAAGGGCCCCUACCCGCUCGCUGUCCACCCUGCCACCAAGGCACUCGUUGUGCCCUCGUCGCACCCUUCGACUCUGCAGUUCAUCGACCCUCUUGCGUCGACUGUCCUCUUCGACCUCGAGGUCGCUCCCUCGAACCGCGUGAGCAGGCGAGAGGACAAGGAGCUCAUCCCCGUGGCUGUGGAGAAGGUUGCUUUCUCCGAACCCAAGGAUGGCCGCUCCGAGUGGAUGGCCACUGUCGUUGGCCGCCGUGCCGACGAGGAGGAAGGUGGCGGCUUUGUCAAGACCCUCACCUUCUGGCGCUGGAACGGCGACCGCUACGUCGUCAACACCCAGUACCCCCGUCCUCAUGGCACCGACGACGUCACUUCGCUCUCGUUCGGCCCCGCUGCCAGCCAGGGCGGUGAGCCCUUCGCCCUCACUGCCGGCUCGAGCGGCUCCGUCAAGCUCUGGCACGUCCGCCAGGUCAAGAAGACCCAGCAAGGCAAGACCUCCGCCAAGAAGCCCGCUGUUGCAGAGUACUACUGGUCGACGCGCUCUACGUUUUCGUACCGCUCGCUCGGCGUGUACGCCGCUGCCUUCUCGCCCGAUGCCACUCUUGUGGCCCUCGCGCACGGCUCGGUUGUCACCCUCUGGGAUGCGCAGACCAACCUGCUGCUCCGCCCUCUUGUGAGCGGCGUUGAUGCUCGCAAGGUCGCCUUCUCCGGAUCAGAGGGUCGCUACCUUGUUGCGGGCGCUGCCUACAAGGGUGUGACCGUCUGGGACCUCCUCUCGUGUGAGGUCGUCAACACGCUGCCCUCGCAGGCCGUCGACGUCCUCCUCCCUACCCCUUCAGGCUUCAUUGCCGCUCAGUCUAGCGCCACCGCCACCACCCUUGCCUUCUUCAACCCCAACGGCACCCUCGCCCGCUCCGCCAACCUCAAGUCUGGCUUUACCGUCAUGACCACUCUCCCCGCCACUGGCUCGGCUGUCCACCUCGUGGGCAUUGCGCCCUCGGGUGAGAUUUCGCGUUUCGGCGACCUCCAGACUGCCGCUGCCCCCGCUGCGCGCUCCGUGUCGUCGGCCGCUGCCCCUGCCCGCCGUGCCACCUCCAUCUGGCAGGAAAUGUUUGGCAAGGACGCCUUCCUCGACGACAUUGACCUUGCCCCUGAGCCUGAGGCUGCUGCUGUCGCCGUCUCGGCGCUGCAGCGCCGCGCCGCCGGCCACCCGGAGCAGGUCUUUGACGGCCCGUCGCACACCCUUCCUCCCGUCGGCCUGCUGUUCGACGCGUUCAUGGACGAGUUCCUCGGUUCGGCCAAGGACGAGCAGGGUGCCGCUGAGGGCGAGGCGAUCGAGAUCGACGAGCUGCCCAACCUCGGCGCCGCGCCGCUGUCGCUUGCGGCCGACGCUGUCCGCGUGGUGCGCGACGACGAUGUCGCCCAGCUCGAAGUCUUCUUCAAGGAGCUCAUGGCCAGCGUGCCCGCCAAGCCAAAGGCCGCGCCUGCUACGCCCAAGGUGUCGACCCCGCAGGGCGGCAAGGACAAGAAGAAGAACAAGCAGCUCAAUGGCCUGGGCGUGCCCAACGGCCACGCCAACGGCCACUCGCGUUCCGUCUCGACCCCGUCCAAGUCGGGCAAGGUGUCUGCCGCCAGCACGCCCGACGACGACGGCAAAAAGUCCAAGAGCAAGAAACGCAAGGCGCCGCGUGCGAGCGAUGUGUAG